AUGGACGCACUACGGAAAAUCCGAUACUUUGUUACUCGCAUUCAGCAGAUUUCACCAAAAAAUCCAAUAUGGCUGAUGCAAGCAAUACUCGUGUUGGUGAUUCAAACAAGAGAAAUAGGGGUAAAAAAGAGCGAGUUUGGACCAAAAGGCCUUAGCCUUGGAUCAACUUCGGGAGGGAGUAAUAAUAGUGAUGACAAUGUCCUAGAAGCCAGCACAAACAGUAGUUUGUGUAGUAGCACCAAAAGGAAACAUAAAGCUAAACUUGAAACUAAACCUUUUUUUCAAAAGAGGGUUAAAAGCCAAGCACAAGCAAUUCAAAAUAUGGCAAAGAGUUUUUCUGAUAUGGAGAAGAUGCAAGAGAAGCGAUCUGAAUUAUUUUCUGAAGCUGAGAAGAAAAGGCACGAUGAAUUUUUAAACUUUCAAAGAGAACAAGCAGAGCUCAACAGACAACAUGAACUGAAGAUGAUGGAAAUGAUCAUGAAAUACACUAGACCUAAUCAACCAGAACCUCCACAUCUUCAAGCUUCAAAUGCCCAAAUGGCUCAGCAACAACCAAUUCACAACAUGUAUCCAUAUAGUGGUUUUAAUUUCAUUCAACAUGAGCCCCAAGUACCAAUCACACAUGAUGGCACUGCUCUUACAGGGCUGGACACACCAGCAUCACAUCAGCACAGCCAACAUUGGUAUGGACAUAAUUAA